AGUCUGUGCUCUGGUAGAUCAUUCACUCCCAUAAACUCUCAGCAGGAGAACAGACCCAGCCGGACCUCCCGGAGCUCCAGAACCUCUUCCAGACCCUCCAGAACCGGAGCAGCAGCAGACGCAGCGUUGAUGCGGCCUGCGCUGUCCUGUGGGAACUGGUGGAACCGGGGAAUGGAACGGUAACAUGGCGCAUUAUAACCAACCUCCACCGUCUCCCUCGGCCAGCGACGUCAAUCUGGGAGCUUCAGCCAAUCCUCAUGCCAAGCCCACUGACUUUGACUUUCUGGCGGUGAUCGGGAAGGGAACGUUUGGGAAGGUGCUGCUGGCCAAACUCAAAGCAGAUGGAAAAUUUUAUGCCGUGAAGGUUCUGCAGAAAAAAGUCAUCCUAAAGAAAAAAGAGCAAAAGAACAUCAUGGCGGAGAGGAACGUUCUGCUGAAGAGUCUGAAGCACCCGUUUCUGGUGGGCCUCCACUACUCGUUCCAGACCCCGGAGAAGCUGUACUUCGUGCUGGACUACGUUAACGGGGGAGAGUUAUUCUUUCAUCUUCAAAGAGAGCGAUGCUUCUCCGAACCACGGGCUCGAUUCUAUGCCGCUGAGGUGGCCAGUGCCAUCGGCUACCUUCACUCCCUCAACAUCAUUUAUAGGGAUCUAAAGCCAGAGAACAUCCUGUUAGAUGCUCAGGGUCAUGUGGUGCUAACUGAUUUCGGCUUGUGCAAAGAAGGUCUGGAACCUGAAGCGACCACCUCCACGUUUUGCGGAACACCUGAGUAUCUGGCUCCAGAGGUGCUUCGGAAAGAGCCGUAUGACCGCACAGUGGACUGGUGGUGCUUAGGAGCCGUGCUUUAUGAAAUGCUCUUCAGCUUACCUCCAUUCUACCGGCGAGAUGUAGCAGAGAUGUACGAUGCCAUCCUAUACAAGCCCCUGCAGAUGCCUCCUGGAAAAUCUGACGCUGUGGGCCACCUGCUGCAGGGACUUCUGCAGAAAGACCAGCACCGCAGAUUAGGAGCCAUCGCUGACUUUUUGGAGAUUAAAAACCAUGUGUUCUUCACUCACAUUAACUGGGACGACCUUUACCACAAGCGCAUCACUCCACCGUAUAACCCCAAUGUGAGAGGUCCAGCCGACCUGCAGCACAUUGACCCAGAGUUCACCAGAGAGAUGGUGCCAAACUCGGUGGGCCGCACUCCAGAACUGACCCCCAGCCUGGCCAACAGCAGCUCCAACGCCUUCAGUGGAUUCUCCUACGUCUCCAGCGACAACAGCUUCCUCUGAGCCUCCGAGUGAGGCCUGCUCAGGUGCCUUCAUGCACUGACCGCAAUCUCCCGCCUGCCUUACCCUGAAGAUCCUGAAGAUCCUGAAGAUAGUGAUGCAUCUAUUUAUCAUUCAUUCAAAUACGUUCAUCAUUUUCACGUUUAAUAAUACGUAUUACAUCAGAACAGUCAAUGCCCAGAGUGUUUACACUGGAAGACAAAACUGUCCUUAGAUAGGCUACAUAUUGGAUUUCAUAUGACAGCUCUGGAAAAAAUUAAGAAACUUUUUAUAGGUUUAUGUUUGAGUAAAAUUAACAUUGUUGUUUUAUUCUAUAAAUUACGGACAAGAUUUCUCACAAAUUCCAAAUAAAAAUAUUGUAAUUUAGAGCAUUUAUUUGCAGAAAAAGAGUUUUAAGAGUUCAGAAAUUAAUAUUUGGUGGCAUAACCCUGGUUUUUAAUGUUCUCUUCCACCAGUCUUACACACUGCUUUUGGAUAACUUUAUGCCACUUCUGGUGCAAAAAGUCCAUAAUAAUUAUUUUACAGAAAAUGUUGUAAAAUUAAAGAAACUCCUCAUUUUUAAGUGGUAUCUUAUUCUUUUUCCAGAGCUGUAUAUCAGGGACUGGAUAGCUGGCUAGCUAGUUAGCACUAACACCUAACCUGUGCACAGCUCUGAAUCAGAAAGCUUAGCUUGGUCGGCUAGAAUCUCUUUUAGAUGAAAAGCGUUUUUUGUUACAAAAGUUAACAAAUUAGUGCCCAUUCCACCAGUAGAAAGCUUCACCGCAAGCGCCCUCGUGUUUUAGUCACCUGUGUGUUUUGCAAAGUGCUAAACUCAGUUGCCUAGAAUGCUUUUUUGAUGAUUAGUUAGCUCAGCUAACAAAUUAGGGCCCAUUUCACCAGUAGGAAGCUUAUCCAUUUCAACUUUUAUUUUUCCAUCACAGCUUUUAAUCCCAAGUCCCCUUGUGUUUCAGGGAAUGUGUGUUUUGCAGUGUGCUCUACUAGGUUGGCUAGAAUCCCUUCUAGAUAAAUAGUGUGGUGUAGCUUAGCAAGCCAGCUAACUAAUUAGUGCCCAUUUCACCAGUAGGAAGCUUAUCCAUUUCAACUUUUAGCUUUUAAUUGCAAGUUCCCUUUUAGAUGAUUAGCCUAGUGUAGCUUAGCAGCUAACAAAUUAGCACCCAUUCUUCCAGCUUUCAUUAAGGUUAAAUAAGUUAUUGCCAAAAGCAACAACUGUUUGUUUUGUGCUCUGCUGAACUAAAUGAGUGGUAAACAAUGUAUCUAGCUAUGGCUAAUAAAUAGGCAUAUGGCUGUUUGUUUUAAUACAAGCAGAUAUAAUAUUUUUGAUUUCUUUACUGGGGAAAAGUGAGAAAAUUUUGGCUUGGUAGCUAAGCUAAGGUAACAAUCAAUUUGAAUAGAAAGCUGAUGCUGUUUGUUUUUUUUUAUGUGUGAUUUCUGUUUUGGUGGAAUUGGUGCUAAUUUGUAAGCUAGCUAGGUCGGUAGGUCUUUAAUGUAGAAGCCAAAUAUACCAAAUACCAAAUGGUAUGGCAGACACAACAAAAACGCCACAUAACUGAAACCCUAGUAUAUAAAGUAUAUUUUUUUGUGGAAAUGAUGAACUUGUUUAAAUUAAGUGAAUUAAUUGCAUUACUUUUCUUGUUUCCAGUGUAAAACCUCAGAGCCAUAAACCCAAACAUCCCCUUAAUGCUUAAUAAGAAUGUUUUAUUUCCUGUGCCUUCUGGAGUAAACUACUGAUGGGUUUAAAAGUUACACAUAGAGGAUAGAAACACUUAAUAAUGCUUUCCAGAAGUUUUAUCGUUUAAGCAUUAUUAUACAUGGUUAUGUGUCUCAAUGCCUUAAUACAGCCCCUUUCACACCAAGUCCUAUUUUACAGCAAUCAGCCCAAGCUGCAAGUGCCAACACCCCAGUUGCUGAGUAUAAUAUGUAAUUGGAUCGGAGAUGCUUGUGCCAACACCCCGGUUGUUGAGUAUAAUAUGGGAAUCAGCAAAAGCCGCUUAUGCCAACACUUCGAUUUCAGAGUACUAUUAAAAGUGUCCCAAGCCACUUUUGCCAGGACUCUAGUUGCUGAGUAUAAUAUAAGAAACAGCUCCCACCGCUUAUACCAACACCCCAGUUGCCAAGUAUAAUAUGUAAUUGGAUUCAAGCCACAUGUGCCAACACUCUGGUUGUUGAGUAUAAUAUUGAAAUUUGCACAACACCCUGGUUCCUCAGUAUAAUAUGGGAAUCAGCCUAAAUUGCAUGUAGCAACACACUAGUUGCAGAGUAUAAUAUAAAAAUGGAUCCAAGCCGCUUGUACCAACAUGCUGGUUGCUGAGUAUAAUAUAGGAAUCAGCCCAAAUUGCAUGUAGCAACACACCGGUUGCAGAGUAUAAUAUAAAAACAGAUCCGAGCCGCUUGCUCCAACACCCCAGUUGCCAAGUAUAAUAUGUAAUUGGAUCCGAGAUGCUUAUGACAACACUUCGAUUUCUGAGUAUUAUAUGGAAAAUGUCCCAAGCCACUUUUGCCAGCACUCUAGUUGCAGAGUAUAAUAUAAGAAUCUGCUCGCACCACUUAUACCAAUACCCCGGUUGCUGAGUAUAAUAUGGGAAUCAGCUCGCACCAUUUGUACCAACACCCCAGUCGCCAAGUAUAAUAUGUAAUUGGAUUCAAGACCUGGUUGUUGAGUAUAAUAUGGGAAUUGUCCCAAGCCACUUUUGCCAACACAUCGGUUGCUGAGUAUAUUAUAGGAAUUGGCCUGAGCAACUGGUCCCAAAACCCCAUUUGGAGUAUAAACCAUAUUUUGCCAAAUGACACCUGUCAGAUAUUGAGUCUUAGCCAGGUGCUUCUAUACCUAAGCCAAGUUCGGGCCGAUGCUUCAUGCCGUCUGGGUCAUCAGCUUACAAAUUUAUUGACUAGACUGGUGUUGACACAUGUUAAGGAUAUAGAUGUGUCCAAAUAAAUUUGUGUUUCCAGCGCUGGACAGUAGGCAUCCAUUCCAGUAACAGAAUUGGUAAACGUUUCAUAAUCUUACAGGGAUCAUCCUGGAAUGCUGGUGUCUCUACUGUGUCCUACUUGGAUACAAAGCCUACAUUUCCUCGAAAUUCGAAGAAAUGUGGGCUAAAAUUCACUAGAGGAAGAAAACUCAAGAGACUUGAGUAAUUUCCAUCAGGAUCGGCAAGUGGACAUGUAACCAUAUAUAUUAAGGGAGCAAAAUUAUUAUGUGUAUGACAAUUUUUUUGCUUUGAGCUAAUUACAACAUGGAUAAUAUUAAUUUUCGUGUGUUAUACUGAAGGCCAAUGAAAGGGCCAAUGAUGGAAACAGCUGUUGAACACUGUCUAUUUCAGAAAUGUAGCUCAUAUAUUGUUUUAUUUUCAUUGACUGUGAAUUACUUCAGAGCAUAUAGUUAACUCAAACCAUCCACCUGUCUGUUAACCUUUUUGCUCAUUCUUUUUUUUUUUAGUUUUAGGGCAAAUCUUAUAUAAACAUUUCUUUUAAUUUUUGUUCUUUAACAAAAACUCCAAGCAUAAAUACUGUAAUUUUGAAAACAAUGUAUUAGUACUUGUAGCUUAUCUUAUAACGACUAUACUGUUAAUGUCAAAGUGGCACAUUGAUGCAUUUAAGUUUUGUUUUUAGGAAAAUAAUACAAGUGACAAUAAUUAACUGUUGUACAUGAUUUUUGCGUGUUUUGAAGAACAUGGUAUACAUAUAUACUGCCAGCAAUUUAUUAAACUCUCUGUUGGUUCGAAA